CUCUUCAAUCUUUUUAAGGAGCCAACCUCGCUCAAGAGAAAAUCCAAAAUCCAAUAACAAAAAGCAAAAGCUUCUUCCUUUGUUCCCCCUUGCCCUUCCCUCUCCUUUCCUUCCAUCUUCUCAGGAAACAAACAGAAACCACUACAAGCAACAACAUUAGCAAGAAAAUAAAGAAAUACAUAAACCCAACAAGCACCAUUACAAUCUCGAAGUCCGACAUACAACCCCUCUUUCUCUGUCUCAAGAUUUCAGCUUCAGAAAUUGACAUCUGAAAGUGAAAAGUUAAUCUUUUUGUGUUUUUUUUUUCUUGAUUCCCAGAUCCGACUACCCAAAAGAGCGCAACACCCAAGACGGCCGGAGAGUGAUGUCGUCAUCGUCGACAACAAGCGUUCACGUCAUGGCCCUGGACGGCCUGGUCAACGUGAACUCACUCUUCACCAUUGCCGUCUUCGUGGGGCUUUCUCUGGCGACUCCGGGACAGAGGAGCCUCGAGAACCGGACAUCCUGCGACGCUGGGAUCGACGUGGCGAAGAAGCUGCUGGUGUUCGAGGUUGUCUCGUUCAGCUUCUUCCUGUUCUCAUCGCUUGUGGCGCAGGGACUGAAGCUGGCGAUCAACCUGCUCAACAGCAAGAAAGGAGAGGACCCGUUACAGGCCCACAUCAAUAAGAAGGUGUUGAGAUUCGGGAUGUUGGGGUCGGCUUUCGGGUCGGUCAUGGGUUGCGUGUUUCUGAUGCUGUCGAUGGUGAAUGUGAUCCAGAUCAGGCUGGGGAUGCUGUCGUGUGGCAGCAAAUCCUCCGUCCAUGCUGUGGCGGCGCUUGUUGUUUUGGUCACGACGGCUCUUUUGGUUUAUAUUUCUACUGCUGUUUAUGCUUUUCUUCACUAGCUGCUGAAUCAAAUUUUAUAUUUGUCUCCGGAUAUUGGAAUAAUGGAAUGUCUGUGACGGUAUUUCUAUGAAUUGCACGGAUUCUGUUGCUGAGA